AGGGCACAAUUGCCGCGCGUUGAUCGCAAUUUGAAUUCCCGCGACCUGUUUAAAGCCCCUCUCUCCCUCUUCAGUCGGCUCCAAUUCUGAAAUCGAAUCCAAUCGCUAUUUGAAUUGCCUACGCCGCCAAUUCACUGAUUCUCUCUCUCGUUUUGGUUUGAUUUGGGGGAAAUAUAUAUAUAUAUACAGAUAAAAGAAGAACAGACCGAUCUUUAUCAAUAGGUGGGUUGGAGAAUGUCGUCGCUGGACCCUCGUGAAUCUCAAACUCAAGACCGCUGUUUUUACAAUCGCAAAGAAAAAUCUCUCGGCCUCUUAUGCUCCAAUUUCUUAAAAUUGUAUAAUCACGAUGGCGUUGACUCGAUCGGAUUGGACAAUGCGGCGAUUAAAUUAGGUGUUGAGCGGCGGAGAAUAUAUGACAUUGUCAAUAUAUUGGAGAGUGUUGGAGUUUUAGUGAGAAAAGCCAAAAAUCAGUAUUCCUGGAAGGGUUUUGGUGCAAUUCCCCGGGCUUUAGAUGAGCUAAAAGGAGAGAUACAAAGAGAGAAGUUCUACACCUUCAGGUGCCGUAAUUCUGUGAAUGUUUCUGAUGAAAAUCAAAAUGGAGGGCCUUCUAAUUCAAAAACUGAUAGGCAAGACAAACCACUUGCAUUAUGUAAAGUAGACAACAGGAAGGAGAAAUCUCUGGGGCUUCUUACAAAGAAUUUUGUCAAGCUUUUCCUAUGCUCUGAUGUGGAUUUCAUAUCCCUUGAUACCGCUGCAGCAGAAUUGCUGGGUGAUUUACAUGAUCCAACUGCUAUGAGAACAAAAGUCAGGCGCUUGUAUGAUAUUGCUAAUGUAUUCUCGUCCAUGAAUCUUAUUGAGAAGAUUCGCCACCCAGACAGUGGGAAACCAGCAUUUAGGUGGAUAGGACUGAAAGGAAGCCCCAAGAAUGGACCUGCUACUGCUUUAAAUUUGACUGAUUCUAAGAGAAGAUUUGGGACUGACGUUACCAAUGCAGAUUUAAAAAGAUAUAAGCUAGAAUCGUCAUCUGACUGGCAGUUAUAUGGGAAGGUAAAUGAGCCACUGCCUAUGAAACCUGAAAGUUUGAAAGAUGAAUAUGACCAGAAGUCAAUGGAGCAUCAUCUGAAACAUGGCUCAAUGGAUUUUGUAUAUGGCCCUUUUACUCCUGCAAGUGUACCCAAUGUAGGAGUAUCUGACAAUGAAAAGGUGAGGCAGAUACAAGACUGGGAGAACUUCGCUUCCAUUUAUCGCCCUAGGUAUCGCAACCAAGGUACCUUCUAGACCUCAUCAAGAGAAAUUUUGAUGAGCUUACUUCCACAUAUGCCAAUAGUAAGCUGAUUUUUGUCAGCUUGGUGUGAUUAAUUUGUUGGCUCUCAAAGCAUUUUAUGAUUUUUACUUGUGGAUCACAAUCUGGAAGGGUUUAGAGUUGAUUGAUUACCUUCAGCUUUGUGAUGUUUCUCCAGAAAUAUUUUCACUGUUUCAUUGUUUGUUUUGUUUCUUUCACAUGUCUUUUCAAGCAUACCUUCUCUCUGUUUUUGAUACUACUUUCCAACCAUCUUUUCUGGAUUGCCAUAGAAUGGUGUUUUGCAAUGCUUGUGUGGCCUUUGCCACUGUUGUUUCCCGUCCAUUGCCUCUCAGAUCCUAGUGUUGCAAUUUUUUGAACUAUUCUUAUUUCAAGUUUUAGCAAUGGAUUCUGAAUUAUCAAUUGAUCAUUCUGUAUUCCUUGGCAUAUAUUUUGUGUAAGGAGCUGUACUGAUUGAUGCCCAUCUUGUUUAUGGUACAUACACUCAUGUUGUAUAUUGCGUAAAACUGCUGCAGCAACUUAAUUAUAAGAUGGGUUUUUGUUAAUGGUGUGAUAGCUCUAAGUGACCUAUUUUCUCAUUAUGCGGAGGCGUGGAAGUCGUGGUAUGUUGAAGCUGCUGACAAGAAGCAGAUACACCCUGUAUCUUGAUGCUCCUCCAUUUAUUUCAAGGACCUGUCCAACAACAAUUCACAGUGCUAUAAUGAAGAUUUUUGGCUCCAGGUUGGAUGUAUUUCCUUGAUACACCUCCUCAAACAUCAUAUAUAGCACCAAUGUCUUAAUUGUUCUUCGAAGUUGUGAAACUCCAAUUCUUGCCUUGAUUUAUGAAUGUGCAAUUACUGCCUCAACGAUCAAUGUACACGUGAUUCGUGUUUGACGAGAAUUGGAAUUAUCCAGAAUUUGAUCUACUUUGCCACUUUUUUGUGAAAUCCAAUCCAUG